AUGAGUCCCACACCACCCGUAGCACCGACUUAUAACGAGUUACAUAAACUGGUGGGCGACCUCCAGGAAAAGGUGGAACAGCUGCUAAAGGAGUCCGCAGCAGGGCGCGUUAACGACCAAAACGCGUCGGCUGGAGCUAUUGUCAACAAUGCAUCGCGAUCGGACACGUACGAUUACAGAGUACUUCCGGAUCUGAACAAGGCGAUUAAAACCUUCGAUGGGUGUGAGUCAGCCUACGAGGCGGACGACUGGCUCAAGACAGUAGAAGGCAUGGCGGAACUGAACUGUUGGCCAUAUGCCCUUCGUAUGCAAUUUGUCCGGUCCUACGUCGUCGGUGCGGCGCGAAAUUGGUUCAUCGGUCGUGACUUCGAAAAUUGGGACGAGUUCACAAAGAAAUUCCGAAGUACGUUUGUUAGACAACUGCGAAUGGCGGACAGGUGGGAAGCCAUGCAGAAACGGCGACAAGCUCAAGACGAACAUAUCAUGGCGUAUCUACAAGAAAAGUCGAGAUUGUGUCGUGCGUUGGCAUUGACGUUCGGUGAGAGUCGCGACUAUAUUAUACAAGGUAUUUAUUCGAAAGAAUUAGCUAUGUACGUGUUAGGUAGAAAUCACGACAAUGAGGACGCGUUGUUAGGGGAUUUGUUGGAUUGGACAAGGAUGAAUGCUAUUCGGACCGAGAUUAGGACCGAAUGCAAGCAAGAAAAAGGGCAUUCUACUGCGAAGACCAAUAUUAAAAGCGGUCCAAGGCGCGCGGAAGCAUCAACUACCUCGAAACCAAAGUGGUGUUCGAAAUUCGAAAAGACUGAACAAGUUGGGAAAACUGCUAGUGAAGCAGGCGAAGAAGACAAGUCUUCUUGUUGGGUGUGCCGUAAGGUCGGUCACUGGACGAGAGACUGUCCGCUGAAGAAGGCUAGGAAGUGUUUCGCCUGUGGUGCCGAGGGGCAUUUUGCUCGUGACUGUAAGUCACAACAAACAGUAAACAAUGUGACAAUGUCUAAGGAGCCUGAAGAAAAUCCAUAUAUAAAGUACGGUUCCAUACAAGGCGUUGACAUGACUGUGCUGUUAGAUACGGGGAGUUACUACACGCUCCUAAGGUCAAGUGUGGCGGAGCGUUGUAACCUAAAGUUGAGAGAAACCAAAAAAAUGCUGUUUGGGUUAGGAAGUGUAUCCGUACCAUCGGUAAGUGCUGUGGGUAAAGCCGAUGUCAUGGUGACUGUGGAUGGUGUCGAGGCUGGACCAAUCAGAGUUCUGGUAGUACCGGACAGUGUACAGCGUUAUGAUAUGAUAGUGGGUCGCAACUGGCUUGAUUUGGACACCGUGACGUAUAAAAAAGGAAGGUGGUAA